UCAAAUCACGGAAAAUGUAUACGAAAAUUGUUUCCCAUUUUUGUGUAAGUUAGCUUUAAAGUGGAUCCCAAAAAGUAUGCCAGCUGUUUAGAAGCUUCAUGCUCCGCUCCCAGGCCAUAAACACAGGCAAUAGCCACGCGCUUUUGCUGCUGUUCUGGCUUUUGGCCAUGUUUGCGCUUUAUGGCCAUUGCGAGGAGGCUCUCCGUUAUCGGAUAACUUGGAUAACGGUCGUCGUGUGGCGGCCCCAUUUUGAUAUUUUACGGCAGCCAUGGCCUACAAACGGAAUCGGCGAACCAAGCCCCAAGUCGGUCGGAUUUCCAGGGUCAAGUGCGUUUGCUUGCUUUUUUUAUUGGCUUCUCGCACUUGUUGUCCCGCAGGCGCACACGACGUAUGCGUGAUGUAGGUGUACAUGGGUGUUCCAUUGAGACGACGGCGACCCACUUCCGGACGAAUCCGGACUUCGACCUUCCGGAUUACGCCCGCCGAAUACCUGAUUGGCCCCUUUUGUUUUUUCUCAGUGCUCUGUUAUAUAUUUUUGAGGGUGCUACGAUCAUUGAAUCUGAAUCGCAUUUUUGAGUAUCUGCAUCGGCAAUUAUACAAAAUAUGUACAACUUAAUUUGGCAAUUAGUUAAACAAUGCGAAUAGCGUUGGCUAAUUGGCGAGCAAUUAGCCGUGGGCGCUAUAAAUUGUUGCAGUUUGUUGGUGAUCUUCGAAAACCAGAAAAUGAAGCAGUGGAUCGGUUGGAUUGUUGGCCUGCUCUGCAUCCUGCUAGUCCUGAAAGGAAGUUGGAGCACCACCUACGAGGUAAUCGGCGAUGAGAAAACCUUGGAUAUAGUUUGCACUGCUGCAGAAGAUAAGGGGAAUAUACCGAUUUCUAAGAUUCUGGACAUAACCAAUUUGACCUUCGAUAUGGCCGCCGAUAUGGAAACUUUGUACUUCAAUGGGAACAUUAAGGUCCUGAUGGAUGUGCCAAGUGGUCCGAUUGCUAUGGAGGUUGACAUAUUUCGAUGGGAACGGAAUUCAUGGACUCCAACGCAACUUGCAUUAAAGCGGAAUGACUUAUGCCAGUCUUUGACGAGUCCCCGGGAGCUUUGGUACCCCAUCUUUAGAAAUAUACCGAAGGAGGAAUUGAUAUGUCCGCCAAACAAGGGGCAUAUUUAUACCCUUAAAAACGUGAGCAACCAUGAGUUUGUCAGAAACGUGCCCUCUGCGGACAUUGCCGGUGAUCUGAAGGCCUUGGUCCAUCUAACCACUGGGAAUAUAAAGACCUGUGCUGUGCUCUUCUUCAAGGUCUACAUCACUAAGCAUUGAAAAUAGAAUAGGG